GCUGGUAACUGCUCUCAGGCGAUGGAUGUGGGCCUCCAGUUGCUGACCCCUAAAGUAGACAUUCCUUAGCUUGAAAGUAUAGCAACAAAGGGAAGAAAAUCCCUAAAAUGUCUCAAGAAGCAAUAGGGAACAAGAAAAAUAAUGACUCUUCAAAGGCUCUCUGCCUGCCAUUUAUGGUUGCUGGACAACAGGUAGGCCACGUGCCACCAUCUGUAGUCAAAUAUCUUUGUCAGUAUCCAGAUGUUUUCUCAGUGUCUCGGGGAGACGACGCAUCUGCUUGCGUGGAGCUUAACACACAAUUGGUGUCCUAUGAGCAACGAACAGCUGCUGUGCAGGGGGUACUCAAGAAACUAAAGGAACAGCAAGCCUUCCCUUGCCUGAAAGAAUGGAGGGAGGAGCUCUACAGUGUGAUGCCUUAUUUUUGGGACACACCUCUCUUCAGCAUGGAGCGUGCUGCGACCCCAUUAUUGGGCGUGAAACGCUAUGGUGCUCACCUGAACGGCUACACUUGGCAAAAUGGUGAGAUGUGUAUGUGGCUGGCCCGUAGGGCCCUGAACAAACCUACUUAUCCUGGCUUACUGGACAACCUGGCUGCUGGUGGCAUUGCAUCAGGGCUGGGUAUCAGAGAGACACUGGUAAAGGAAUGCCAGGAAGAAGCUUGCAUCCCUGCCUCUCUCACUGCACUUGCCAAAGCUGUUGGCACUAUCAGCUACACGUAUGAGGGUGCACAAGGAGGCAUCUAUGCUGAAUGCCAGUUUGUAUUUGACCUGGAGCUGCCUGAAGAGUUUGUGCCCCAGGUGGGAGACGGAGAGGUGCAGCAGUUCUACCUCUGGCCACUUGAUAAGGUGAAAAAGGCUAUUGGAUCUUCAGAUUUCAAGCCGAAUUGUGCAAUGGUGGCACUAGAUUUCCUUAUCAGACACAGCUACAUCCAACCUGAUGAAGAGCCUCAUUAUGUGGAGCUGGUGGAAGGGUUACACCGAACACUAUAAAAGGGCAAGGCUACCCCUGUUGUUGAUACAAAGGUCUUCUCUGGUUUUUGCUGGACAAACAAUCACUAAAGGCUGCUAUUGGAGAUGAAUCAAGCUGGACUCCAUGACAUCCAACAAUGGCUGCCUUCAUCAAACCAGGCUUAUGGGCAGAGUUUACAGUUCAGUGGAAUACUAUGAUAGACCACAUUAAUGUCUUCCUAUGGUAUAUUUAUGCAUGGGAGCUUCCAGAAAUGCUUCAUAAUUGCAUGAGGGCCAGGAGUGCACUACUUCUCCCAAAUGUAAAAAUCAUCUCUCAUCCAUUUCAACAUUUAAUUAAAAAAAAGUCAACCAAAA